AUGCUUUCUGAGGAAUUCAUCUCUACCGUUUGCGGCGGCCCUCUUUCCUCCAACACGGCCAUCGCAAAAGAUGUUGGCAUCUACUGCCACAGCAUCAGCCCCGCGUACUCUGUCAAGUCGACCUUCAAGAAGAGCUCAGUUCCAGUGAACUGUCUGGGUGUGAGCGAGACGCACGUUUUCGCCGCUCAGCAUGAGAAGGCCUACGUGCAUGUCUACUCCAGGCUCCGCGGGAACCAGGAAGCGUUUGUUGCCUUUCCCGAGAGAAUCCGGAGUCUGACCUUGAUUGGGGAUGUCCUAGUCAUGGGCACCACAGAAGGCCGGUUGAUGCUCUGGGAGACGUGCACUGGCCGACUAGUGUCGACUCCGGCGCGCCACGUCCAGGCUGUCUCUUGUGUGGCUGCCACGCCCUACCACGUCCUUACCGGAUCCGAUGACUCGGACAUCCACGUGUGGUCGCUGCCCCAGCUGCUGGAGCUGGACUCUGCUGCCGAGCCUGAGCCGCAACGGAGCCUCUCUAACCACAGGGCAGCCAUCACCGGCCUUUCCCUCAGCCCUAGUGUCAGCAGUGACACAAAUUUCUGUGUGUCAACAAGCAAGGACAAAUCCUGCAUCAUCUGGAACUACCAGACCGGCGAUGCCCUGCGAACCCUGCUCUUUCCCGCCUCUCCCUUAUGUGUAUCUCUUGAUCCGUCCGCCAGAGCCAUCUGUGUUUCUUGCGAGGACGGGUCGCUUUACCUGACAGAGAUGUUUGCGGAGAAGCCGCUCUUGGGCGCAGGCUCAGAAGAGGCCACAACAGUGGUACAAGUCUCCUUGCCCUUUGGUGCGACGCAGCCCGACAUUGGGCCUGCUUCGUGCCUGAGCUUGAGUUACGACGGCACGAUGCUCCUCACGGGGCACCCCAAGGGCCAGAUCAUGAAAUGGGACAUUGCCGAAAACAAUUCACCUGUGGAACUGGCCAACCUCAACGCCGCUGUCACGAAUAUCGCCUUUAUCUCGCCCUUCCCGGCGGAGGGGCCAACGAAAACCGUCACGAUCACGAAGCCUUCGCAAGCAGAGCGGGCGUACACCUUCACCGGCCAGUUUGACCCAUAUCCAACCGCUGAAAGCAGGUUCGACUCGCUCCUGAAUGCUUCUGGCUUUCCGCAGGAGGCGAUGGAGAGCGCCAUAGCGGCUUUCUACCAGCCUGCAAUCAAAUCACCUGGCGAAUCCGAGUUGCAAAGGAAGAACGAGGAGCUGUGGGAGGUGAUCCGAGAGCAAAGGGCACUUCAGAAACAAACCCUUCAGCGCUAUGUCGAGGCAAAGUCUAAUAGUCGUUGA